AUGAGCGAAUCACGGACUGAACUACUCGCGUGGCUAAAUGACUUGCUACAAAUUAACUAUACAAAAGUUGAGCAAUGUGGAACGGGUGCUGCCUACUCUCAAAUUAUUGACUCUGUAUAUGGCGAUGUACAGAUGAACAAAGUCAAGUUCGGAGCAAAACAUGAAUACGAAUACGUUGCUAACUACAAAGUGUUGCAAACAGCUUUUGACAAGCACAAAGUUGAUAAGACUAUUCCAGUUGAGCGUCUUGUCAAAUGCAAAUUUCAAGAUAAUCUUGAAUUUUUGCAAUGGAUGAAGAGGUAUUGGGAUACCUACUAUCCCGGUGGACCUUAUGAUGCUGUUGCAAGACGUAGUACUGUUGCCGGACCUGUGAAAGCGGUUUCUGGUGGUGGCAUCGUCCGAACAAUGCCAAAAAGAACAACGCCCACUGCUUCAGCCGGUCGUGUUCCAGCCUCAAGCUUACAUGACAACAGCCAAACUUCUUCAAUUGUGAAUGAAUUGAGUAAGGAAAAUCUAGAACUUAAACAAACUAUAGAUGGCCUCGAAAAAGAACGUGAUUUUUAUUUCGGUAAACUUCGUGACAUCGAAAUCUUGGUCCAACAGCGAAUCGAUAGUGAACCUGACAAUCAAUUAUUGAAGGAUAUUCAAUCUAUUCUUUACAGUACAGAGGAUGGCUUUGAAGUUCCUCCCGAAGGCGCCGUACAAGAAACAGAAUACGAUGACGAAACCUUUUAA